UUUAUUCCCUUAUUAAAAUUAUUGUUUGAUGUGAUUGAACGCAUACAUUUUUGCUAACGAAUAAAUGUCGACAUAUCAUAUGUUGUUAAACUUCUCAGCACUUAAGUUACACAAGACUGAUGAAGAAUACACGUGUAUGUGGCCAUUAAUAAAGUUUAUCGUCGUUAGUGUCUCAGUUAUGUUCUUACGCUCCGGCUUUUUGUGUCACGAACGGUAUCUCAUAAGCUCAAAAUCAACGUCCGAUCCCGGACUUACCACGGAGGGGCUUAAUAUAGUAGGAAUAUAAUCUGACGUGACGGUGACGUAACAUUUAAUGUGAAUAGAUCUUAAUAAUUUCAAUCUACAGACAAAUUUACAAUUGGAUGCCCUAAAAUGCAUGUAUGAAAACGGCGAAAUGUUAGCUUUCUGUAUUUUACAAUCCUUAUUAAUUGAGAUGACUAUGUUGUAUGUGUGCUAGAAGCAACAAUAAAUUUUCAAAAGAGAAAGAAAGGGAUCUCUGAUUCUCUGAAGAACUUUGCAACAUUGUGCAAAUAUCUUCUUAGUUGCGUGUGACAAGUGUUCGGUGGUAUCAGUUUGUGGAUAUAAAGAAAUUUUCUCGAAAAAAAGAUGCCAGGAGAACCAAAUCGGGAACCUGAAGCGUGUGAUACAUGUGAUUUGCAAGCUAAUGAGGAAGUUAGGGAACUGACACUGACUGAUAAACUAAACAAGAAACUUUUGAUGUCUUUGCUGGAACGAAUGAAUACGGGGAACCAGUUUGAACGUUUCAUUGAUAAUAAGGACACCGAAAACGGGAACGAAGAAGAUUUCGCAUAGGGAUUUUGGGUACUGAUAUAGUGCCUGCCAGUAUAGAGUAAAAGCUUGUAAUUGUCGUUCACUAUAUUGCUUAUCUUUGACACUAGUUUCGCGCGCUUUUUCCACAACAAACAAAUUACGAGGGACUACUGUGUUGCAGGAAAAUUAAAAUAUGUCUUCGAGUGUCUAUGAUGAUGAUGAUGAUUUACUGGGUGAUCCAACAACUAUUGAAGAAAUAGUAGAAGUUGAAUUAGAGGAACAGGAAGAAGCAGAAGGCAGUGAUAAUGAUCAAAAUCAUGUGGAGGAUGGCCAUGCUGAGACUGAAGAAAAUCCUCUGCCAGAGCUUCAAACUGCGCCGGAAGGAGUUCCAGUUGACCCAAAGAAGAAACGAGUUGUUAAAAAUCCACAACCAAAAUUAAAUCCUGUAAGGCUUAUGGGCCCACGUGGGAUCGCAGUGCUUGAAGAUACAUUUAAAGAUUUCCAGUUCAGCGGUAAAGGUUUUGAAAAAUCAGAUUUGAAUCAGUUGAUGAAACGACUUGAACAUUGGGCUCACAGACUGUUUCCAAAAUUCACUUUUGAUGAUUGUCUGCAGAAAAUAGAAACUUUAGGCCACAAAAAGGAAGUGAAGACGUAUGUGAAGAGACUUAGGAUGGGUCUUGUCAAUGAGGUUGAACCAACCUCACUUUGUGAUGAGGUUAAUGAAAAGGAAGAGCAGGUCGAUGAACCAAUUGAUGCUUUUGAUGCUCUUAUUGGCCAGCAAUUAUCUUUAAGUCAUGUGUCUCAGGCUCACAUGGCACAUCAGAAUGCUUCACUUCCUUCAGCACAACCUCAGACGCAGUCAGUAGUCAAGACACUUACAGAAGAACAAAAAGAACGUAUGCGACGUAAUAGACUUAUUGCAGAACAGAGAAAAUUAGAGAGACUUAAGGCACAACAGAUGGCCAGCUUAAAUGAAGUACCAGAAGCUACACAGGAUUAUAACUCUUCCUCAAAUGAUCAUUUGAAUCCACAAAAUACAAAUGAUGCAGUGAUUUCUACUGAGACUGAAACAAGUGCAGCAAGUCAAAACAGUGCUAAUAUUAAUCAAACAGACAACAUGAUGGAACUGGAUUUGCAAUCGAGUUAAUUUGUCUGCUUAUUUUAUAACUAAAAUUCAUAAGGAACAAAUACAAUUAUUUUUGCAUAAUGCGUAAAAA